ACGUAGCAAAGGCCCGAAGGAUUUCGAGAUCAGCCUCUAUAUAGGGCCGAGGGAAGCGACGACAGUUCCUCUCCAGGCUGCGCAGCUCUCCCUGUCGGAAGGUCACGCCGUGCUCCAGGCUCGUCUCUCCCGCCGUCGAUCAAAAUGCCUGAAGAAAUCCAGCAUGGUGAAGAGGAGGUGGAAACAUUUGCCUUCCAGGCAGAGAUCGCCCAGCUUAUGUCCUUGAUCAUCAAUACCUUCUAUUCCAACAAGGAAAUCUUUAUGCGGGAGAUAAUUUCCAAUGCCUCUGAUGCUUUGGACAAGAUCCGCUAUGAGAGUCUAACAGAUCCCUCAAAGCUGGAAAGUGGAAAGGAGUUGAAAAUAGAUAUCAUCCCCAAUCCUCAUGACCGUACCCUUACAUUGGUGGACACUGGCAUUGGAAUGACAAAGGCAGAUCUUGUCAACAAUCUGGGCACUAUUGCCAAGUCUGGCACAAAAGCCUUUAUGGAAGCAUUGCAGGCUGGCGCAGAUAUCUCCAUGAUUGGGCAGUUUGGUGUGGGGUUUUACUCUGCUUACCUUGUGGCCGAGAAGGUUGUGGUCAUCACCAAGCACAAUGAUGAUGAGCAAUAUGCAUGGGAGUCAUCUGCAGGAGGCUCCUUCACUGUUCGGAUUGAUCAUGGUGAACCCAUUGGCCGAGGCACCAAAGUGAUCUUGUACCUAAAGGAGGAUCAGACAGAGUAUCUGGAGGAACGCCGUAUCAAGGAAGUGGUGAAGAAGCACUCGCAGUUCAUUGGAUACCCCAUCACCCUCUAUUUGGAAAAGGAGCGGGACAAGGAGAUCAGCGACGAUGAGGCGGAGGAGGAGGAGGAGAAGAAAGCUGAGAAGGAGGAGGAAGAGGAAGCCCCCAAAGAUGAAGAGAAGCCCAAGAUUGAGGAUGUGGGUUCGGAUGAGGAGGAGGAAAGCGGCAAGAGCAAAAAGAAGACCAAGAAGAUCAAAGAGAAGUAUAUUGACCACGAGGAGCUGAACAAGACCAAGCCCAUCUGGACCCGCAACCCUGAUGAUAUCACCCAGGAGGAAUACGGCGAAUUCUACAAGAGCCUCACCAAUGACUGGGAAGACCAUUUGGCGGUCAAGCAUUUCUCUGUGGAGGGGCAGCUGGAGUUCCGGGCGCUCCUCUUCAUCCCCCGUCGGGCUCCAUUUGACCUUUUUGAGAACAAGAAGAAAAAGAACAACAUCAAACUCUACGUCAGGAGGGUCUUUAUCAUGGACAGCUGUGAUGAACUCAUCCCAGAAUAUUUGAAUUUUAUUCGAGGUGUGGUGGAUUCUGAAGACCUGCCCUUGAACAUCUCCCGUGAAAUGCUACAGCAAAGCAAGAUUCUCAAAGUGAUUCGCAAGAACAUUGUCAAGAAAUGUCUGGAACUUUUUGCAGAGUUGGCUGAAGACAAAGAGAACUAUAAAAAAUUCUAUGAGGCCUUUUCCAAAAAUCUGAAGCUGGGGAUCCAUGAAGAUUCUGCCAACAGGAAACGUCUCUCGGAGCUCCUGCGCUAUCACACUUCUCAUUCUGGAGAUGAGAUGAACUCUCUAACAGAGUAUGUGUCCCGAAUGAAGGAAAACCAGAAGAACAUUUAUUAUAUCACAGGAGAGAGCAAAGAACAAGUGGCCAACUCUGCUUUUGUGGAACGUGUGAGAAAGCGUGGUUUUGAGGUGAUAUACAUGACGGAGCCCAUUGAUGAGUAUAGUGUUCAACAACUGAAGGAGUUUGACGGGAAGACAUUAGUAUCGGUCACCAAGGAAGGCCUGGAAUUGCCAGAAGAUGAAGAUGAAAAGAAAAAAAUGGAAGAGAACAAAUCUAAAUUUGAGAAUCUUUGCAAAUUAAUGAAGGAAAUCCUGGAGAAGAAAGUUGAAAAGGUGACAGUUUCAAACCGGCUAGUUUCUUCCCCCUGUUGUAUUGUCACCAGUACCUAUGGCUGGACAGCCAACAUGGAACGUAUCAUGAAGGCCCAGGCUUUACGAGAUAACUCUACUAUGGGCUACAUGAUGGCCAAAAAGCAUCUGGAGAUAAAUCCUGAUCACCCCAUUGUAGAGACUUUGCGUCAAAAGGCUGAGGCAGACAAAAAUGACAAGGCUGUCAAGGAUCUAGUGGUACUUCUCUUUGAAACAGCAUUACUUUCUUCGGGUUUCUCCUUGGAGGAUCCACAGACCCACUCUAAUCGGAUCUAUAGAAUGAUCAAGCUGGGAUUAGGAAUUGAUGAAGAAGAAGUUGCUGUUGAAGAAUCCACUUCUACUGUAUCCGAAGAGAUCCCUCCCCUGGAAGGAGAUGAGGAUGCAUCGCGCAUGGAGGAGGUGGAUUAAAGAGCAGGAGCUGAUCUUCCCUCUUUCCUGCCUCCCUCUUUUUUCCCUGUGCCAUCACCUUGCUCAGGAACCCUGGCAGUGCUAACUGCACCCUCAAAAUGGUCUCUGUGUCUUUUAUAAAUGGUAACUAACAUGGCAGGCAGCCUUCCACAUUUAUUUGGUCUGUCUGCUUGUUCAAACAUGCUGCUUUAGGGGAAAAGGGUCAGUCUAAUUGUUCAAAGGUUUUUUGCUCUCCUGUCCAUGAAGAUUUUGUUGUAGUUUUAGCUUGACCGCCAAACAUCCAUCCCACUAUAGCUGAAGUAAACACCCAGAGAAUGUCCUUUCCAAUAAUAUAGCAGUGAGACUCCUGCCCCGCCCAUCUCUCGCUGCUGUCUGUUGUCUUGAGAAAGCAGGGACUUGCAAUCUUGUUCAUGUGUUUGGUUUUGUUCUACUGGAAUUAAAAUAAAGAAGAAUAUGGUUUACAAUGAAA